AUGCUAGGCCAGGGCAGGUUGUUCGUCUGGUCGGAUGCCCGAGGAGAGGCAUUCAUGAAGCAGGCGGUAGCCGGUGCGUCGUUGCUCCACAAGCCAGUACCAGGAGCGCCGCUCAUCAUCGAAACAGAUGCCUCGGAGGUUGGCAUUGGCGCGGUGUUGAAGCAGGUGCAAGAAGGCAGAGAGGUCCCGUUAGAGUUCGCGUCUAAGAAGUUCACCGACGCGGAGAGGAAGUGGGAUACGAGAGAGAGGGAGCUCUUCGCCGUCAAGUGGGCUGUAGAGGAGUGGUGCGACUACGUAGCGCUGCAUCAUUUCACCGUACGCACAGAUCACGCCAACCUACGCUACCUUGCGGGAGCAGACAAAGGGGAGGUGUUCCGCUGGGCGCUGGCGCUCAGCAGGUUCAACCUCACCUUAGAGUUCCUGUCAGGAGAGAAGAAUAACAUGGCGGACUGGUUGUCGCGGUACGCAGCGGAAGAGUGCGACGCAGAGAUCGAGGCAAUGGCUUUGGGCGGUAGAGUGAUAGGCCACGUGGGCCAACUGCUGGGGAGACACCUUGUGUCGGAAGACGACUUUAUGAGAGAGUACCGGCAGCUGGACCGCAAGGAGUGCCUGGAGUGA